AUGACUGAAAAGGCGACCCUUUCCGAUCCCGAAAAUGAACCCGAUGGCACUCCUACUAUCCCGAAUGGCACUGAAGGAACCCCAGCGUCAAAGCUGGAGAGCGAUGUUGAAAAGCCAAGAGUCAACGGAGGUUUGAUUGCUUGGUUGAAUGUGCUUGCGGGGUUUUGCGUGUUCGUAAAUUCCUGGGGUGUUCUUACCACGUUCGGCGCAUUUCAAGAGUACUACACAACCGUCCUCUUGCCCGACCAAUCUCCGUCGGCGAUAUCAUGGAUCGGCAGCAUUCAGGCGACAUUGAUCCCGAUGGUUGGCCUGGUAUCCGGGCCCCUGGUGGACUCGGGAUAUCUUCGCCCACUGAUGAUCUCGGGGAGCUUCCUGACAGUGUUAGGAUUAAUGAUGACAAGUCUAGCCACUGAGUACUAUCAGGUUCUGCUAGCGCAAGGUUUCUGCGUCGGCAUGGGCGGUGGCAUCUCCUACAUUCCAGCCCUAACAAUGGUAUCCACCAGUUUUACCACGCGGCGCCCGAUUGCGAUCGGCAUCGCGUCCAUUGGCUCCAGUGUCGGCGCCGUGAUAUUCCCGGUCAUGUUUCGCCAGCUGCAGCCGAGAAUCGGCUUCCCGUGGGCCGUCCGCUGCAUUGGCUUCGUAACGCUGCUUAUGGCCAUUGUCGCAUGUGGAAUUCUCUGCCGUCAGCCCGCUCUCAAGACCCGCGCGCGAAGUCUCAUUGACCGGGCUGCGUUUUGUGAAGUGCCGUUCAUGAUGUUCUCCAUUUCACUCAUCUGUGUCAUGCUCGCGUACUACGUCCCCAUAUUCUAUGUCGCCUCGUACGCGCGAACUGUUAUCCAUACCACAAGAAGUCUCUCGUUUUAUAUGGUGGCUAUCGUCAACGGCUCGUCGGUGUUUGGUCGUAUUGUUCCCUACUUGCUCGUUGCAUAUGUGAAGCCCGUCGCGAUUUUGAUCUUCUGUGUGGCGGCCUCUGCAAUCGCGAUGUUCACGUGGAUCGCAGUGUCAAACAUCCCGGGCUUCAUAGUGUGGGCCUGCUACUGGGGUAUCCUGAGCGGAGUUCUAGUGACCGGGCCCACGUCUAUCGUUGCGCAUCCGGUUUUCUGCCAAAAUCCAAAUUAUAUGGGCACGCGGCUGGGCAUGAUGUGGGGUAUCUCGUCCUUCGGAGCCCUGGCGGGGACGCCUGUUGCAGGCGCGCUGGUCAAUCUCAACACUGCGGAUUUCUUGCAUGCGCAGGUCUUCGCAGGCUGUGUGAUGACGGGGGCCGUGAUUCUGCAGGUCUGGCCAGCCAUCCAAGUUUUUAAAUAUGACCGAGACAACCCCCGCAAGUAA